CUUUCCCUAAGUUGCUUCUGGUCUUCUGUGGCAUAUAAAGGACAACCAUGGGUCUUUUUUUCUCGGAGUCUGAGUCAUGGAAUGUGUAAGAGGGAGGGAUCAUGAUUUGUGUCUACCUGGCUUCCUGUAAAAGCCAGGGAGUCCAGGAUGGUGCUAUUACAGGACGGUGGAGUUGAAGCGUGAGCUCUCACAAGGGACUAACUUGCUCUGGCUGUAGAGACAUGAUUCAGCAUGCUUGGUCCCAGUGCUUAACGUCAACUCUGAUGCAACUUCUGGGAAAAUUCUCGAAUGACCUAAAGCAUGUUAGAAAGGAGCCAACCACAUCCUUCUUUAAAAAUAACCAGAGCGAUAGGUUUGAAGGCACCACACAUUUCACACGCAGAACUUGGAGGAGUCAACCUGGAGCUGACUGGGAAGCCAACUCCCUGAGGAUCAGCUCUCACGGUAUCUAAAGAUGCUGCACAAGCAGCCAAGGGAGAAAAGCAGUAGAUGGACACCAUCACAGAAGUCCACAGCUGGUCAAAACGCAGAGAACCGAAUGUGGGGUGCCCAACCUCACUUGAGACCUCUAGAGACAACCAUCACACCUGAGACUCAGGGGCCAUCACAGAAGAGGGGAUGGAAAAACCGGAAGAGUCAGAGGACCAGGUCAUACGCUGCGGGACUGCGUCUUUUAUACACGACUGGGAAGCUGCACCCACGAAACCUCGACAGUAUGGCUGCCUAAACAAGACCCACACAACGGCAACGGCAGCUGACAUGGCAGUGUGGAGGGGGCAGAUCUCACCGUACUCCUCCCCUGGAUAAAGAACUUCAGACAAUUAAUGGCUGAUGAGAGAUGAAGACUACUUGCUCCAGGGACAUGCUCCCUGAUAGCUUAUCUAGUCCCAAGUGGUCACUCCUAACUAACCACAAACACAUGAGCAACACGAAGUAGACUCAGCAGGCUGUAUUUACACACACAAACACUCUCUCUCUCUCUCUCUCUCUCUCUCUCUCUCUCUCUCUCACACACACACACUCACACACACACUCACACACACAUGUGCACACACCACACACACACUCCCUCUUUUUCUCUCUCUCUCACACACACACUCACACACACUCACACACUCACACACACUCACACACACUCACACACACAUGUGCACACACACGUGCACACACACCACACACACUCACACACACAUGUGCACACACACCACACACUCACACAUAAACACUCUCUCUCUCAUACACACACACCACACUCACACACUCACUCACACACACUCACACACUAAUGAUUAAUAAUAAUUAAGGAAGAAGAGAUUGUGAACUUGAGAAGGAGUAGGGGGCAUAGAGGAGCUGAAGAGGGGGGGAGGGCCGGGUGAAAUGAUGUAAUACGGUACUUAUGGAUGCAAUUCAGAAAUAUGUGCAAAAAAAAGAUAGCCGCAAACUACCAGGUUCGGUGGCACACACUUUCAAUCCCUGCACCUAGGAAGCAGAAGCAGGUGGAUCUCCGGGAGCUGGAGGUCAGCCUGGUUUAUACAGCAAGUUUCAGGCAAACUAGGGCUGUAUAGUGGUGGUGGUGAUGGGGGAAGCAUGGCAAACUGAAAUAUUUUGUUUUCAUUUAAUUCCACUCAGUGAACCAGAACCCCUCAAAAGUGAUCCCAAAUUGAAAAAUUAAAAAAAAUUCACUUCCCAUGAAGUCAACCAAAGGGUUAACCCCGGCGUCCUCUGCUUUAAAAUGAAGGAUGUUGAGAAAGAAGUGUUGCUGCACUGAGCCUUCAAUGUUGCUUGUGCAUGCUUAGCUCUCAUUCCUGAGAGAGCCCAACUCCCUCUGUGAUGUCUCCCAUUGCUGAUUGUUUAAUCUCUGGGAAAAACAGCUGGCAACUCCAAAGGCGCUUGCUUAUCCUCCUCAGUCCAGGGCAGCUAGAAGGUUGGCCAGUAGACGCUAGCUGGCUUUUCCUGUGUUGAUCACCUCUACCUUGAUUUCCACAGAAGAAGCCAUUCUUCAGUAGCAGUCUCGUGGGAGUCCCCUUUUGUUCAGCCUGCCUGUGGUAGCAGGUAACUGGAGGAGGAGAUGCUCCUCGGGCUCAGCUCAAGGAGUGCCCCCCCCCCCCCGUUCCCGCCCCGCCCCCGCUGCAGGGGUAGCGGCUUUCUUGACGUGACAGCAUCCUUUUCUGAAGACUGUUGAUUCUGGUUGCCACCCAGCAGCUUCCGGUUGUGGCGCUUUCAGUCCUGCCCUGCUUCAGCGUGGGUGUGCUCACCCAGUGGAUGCUUGUUUGAUUUAUCUGCAUUGCUGGGAAACCCCCUCUCUCCAGGAGAAAGUUAGAUCCAGGUUGAGGCCAACACUCAUGACGCGGUGAGAACUCGGGGUGAUGAUGUUCUGCAAUGAGAAGAAGCUCCUUGAAGUGGAGCGGGUGGUGAAAGCCAACGACCGUGACUACAAUGAGAAGUUCCAGUAUGCGGAUAAUCGUAUCCACACGUCCAAGUACAACAUUCUCACAUUCUUGCCAAUUAAUUUAUUUGAGCAGUUCCAAAGGGUGGCAAAUGCCUAUUUCCUUUUUCUUCUGAUACUACAGCUCAUUCCAGAAAUCUCUUCCCUGACAUGGUUCACCACCAUCGUGCCCCUGGUCCUGGUGAUCUCGAUGACAGCUGUCAAGGAUGCCACCGACGACUUUUUCCGUCACAAGAGUGAUAAUCAAGUGAAUAACCGGCAGUCUGAGGUGCUCAUUAAUAGCAAACUGCAGAAUGAAAAAUGGAUGAACGUUAAAGUUGGAGACAUCAUUAAAUUAGAAAACAACCAAUUUGUCGCUGCCGACCUGCUGCUCCUGUCAAGCAGUGAGCCACACGGUCUCUGUUACGUUGAAACAGCAGAGCUUGAUGGGGAAACAAACCUGAAAGUUCGUCAAGCACUACCUGUCACCUCAGAACUUGGAGCGGAUAUCAGUAGCCUUGCAAAGUUUGAUGGGAUCGUCAUUUGUGAGGCGCCUAACAACAAGUUAGACAGAUUCUCUGGGGUCCUCUCUUGGAAGGACAGCAAGCACACGCUCAGCAACCAGAAGAUAAUCCUGAGAGGCUGCGUCCUGAGGAACACCAGCUGGUGCUUUGGGAUGGUUCUUUUUGCAGGUCCAGACACUAAACUAAUGCAGAACAGUGGUAAGACAAAGUUCAAAAGGACAAGCAUUGACAGACUGAUGAACACCCUAGUCCUGUGGAUUUUUGGGUUUCUGGUAUGCUUGGGAAUUAUUCUUGCAGUAGGAAAUUCAAUCUGGGAGAGUGAAGUUGGGAACCAGUUCAGAACUUCCCUCUUCUGGAGAGAAGGCGAGAAGAGUUCCUUGUUCUCUGGAUUCUUGACGUUCUGGUCAUAUGUCAUCAUCCUCAACACGCUUGUUCCCAUUUCGUUAUAUGUGAGUGUGGAAGUAAUCCGUCUGGGACACAGCUAUUUUAUAAAUUGGGACCGGAAGAUGUAUUAUGCUGCGAAAGCAAUGCCUGCUGAAGCCCGGACGACCACACUCAAUGAGGAGCUGGGCCAGAUUGAAUAUAUUUUCUCUGACAAAACAGGAACUCUCACCCAAAACAUCAUGACUUUUAAAAAAUGUUCCAUUAAUGGAAGAGUCUACGCAGGUGAAGUGCUAGAUGACCUGGACCAGAAGAAAGAAAUAACCAAGAAAAAGGAGGCUGUGGACUUCUCGGGCAAAUCAAAAUCAGAAAGAACACUCCAUUUCUUUGACCACAGUCUGAUGGAAUCCAUUGAGCUUGGAGACCCCAAAGUCCAUGAAUUCCUUCGCUUACUUGCUCUCUGCCAUACUGUAAUGUCAGAGGAGGACAGCGCAGGACAACUGGUUUACCAAGUUCAAUCACCCGAUGAAGGAGCUCUAGUUACUGCUGCUAGAAAUUUUGGGUUCAUUUUUAAGUCUCGAACCCCAGAGACAAUUACAAUAGAAGAAUUGGGAACGCCAGUUACUUACCAGUUACUCGCCUUUUUGGAUUUCAACAACAUCCGGAAAAGGAUGUCUGUCAUAGUUCGAAACCCAGAAGGACAGAUAAAACUUUAUUCCAAAGGAGCAGAUACUAUUUUGUUUGAAAAACUCCAUCCUUCCAAUGAAGACCUGCUGUCCUUGACAUCAGACCAUCUCAGUGAAUUUGCAGGGGAAGGUCUCCGAACUUUAGCAAUUGCUUAUCGAGAGCUUGAUGACAAGUACUUUAAAAUGUGGCAGAAGAUGCUUGAAGAUGCAAAUUCUGCCAUCGCUGAGAGGGAUGAACGGAUAUCUGGGCUGUAUGAAGAAAUUGAAAGGGAUUUGAUGCUUUUAGGUGCCACAGCUGUAGAAGAUAAAUUACAAGAAGGUGUUAUUGAAACAAUUACAAGUCUAUCACUAGCCAAUAUUAAGAUCUGGAUUCUAACAGGAGACAAACAAGAAACUGCCAUCAAUAUUGGUUAUGCCUGCAAUGUGCUCACAGAUGCCAUGGAUGCUGUGUUUGUGAUAACGGGGAACACGGCCGUGGAAGUGCGAGAAGAACUCAGGAAAGCAAAGGAAAAUUUGCUUGGACAAAACACGAGUUUUUCCAAUGGACAUGCGGUUUAUGAAAACAAGCAACGGUUGGAGUUGGACUCGGGUGCAGGGGAGACUGUGACAGGAGAAUAUGCCUUAGUCAUAAACGGCCACAGUUUGGCCCAUGCCCUAGAAAGCGAUGUCGAGAAAGAUCUUUUGGAGCUCGCCUGCGUGUGUAAGACGGUGGUCUGCUGCAGGGUCACUCCACUCCAGAAAGCUCAAGUAGUGGAGUUGGUAAAAAAGCACAGAAAUGCUGUGACAUUGGCCAUCGGCGAUGGGGCCAACGAUGUCAGCAUGAUUAAAAGUGCCCACAUUGGUAUUGGCAUCAGUGGCCAGGAAGGACUGCAAGCGGUCUUAGCCAGCGACUAUGCGUUGGCUCAGUUUAGAUAUCUCCAGCGGCUGCUUCUUGUUCACGGAAGGUGGUCCUAUUACAGGAUGUGCAAGUUUUUAUGCUAUUUCUUCUACAAGAACUUUGCGUUCACCCUCGUGCAUUUCUGGUUCGCCUUCUACUGUGGUUUCUCGGCCCAGACUGUCUACGACCAGUGGUUCAUCACUCUUUUUAACAUCGUUUACACAUCGCUCCCCGUUUUAGCCAUGGGAGUUUUUGAUCAGGACGUAAGUGAGCAGAACAGCAUGGACUGCCCUCAGCUCUACGAACCUGGACAACUGAAUCUCCUUUUUAACAAGCGAAGAUUUUUCAUCUGUGUGGCACAUGGAAUUUACACCUCAUUAAUCCUUUUCUUCAUUCCCUACGGCGCCUUUUACAAUGUGGCUGCAGAAGAUGGGCAACACAUUGCUGACUACCAGUCCUUUGCAGUUACUGUGGCCACAUCUUUGGUCAUUGUGGUCAGCGUCCAGAUAGCUUUGGACACGAGUUAUUGGACCGUGGUUAAUCACGUCUUCAUCUGGGGCAGCGUUGCUACCUAUUUCUCCAUUUUACUUGCUAUGCACAGUGAUGGUGUCUUUGGAAUCUUCCCUCGUCAGUUCCCCUUUGUUGGAAAUGCACGGCGCUCCCUGAGCCAGAAAUUUGUUUGGCUCGUGGUUCUCUUGACAGCAGUGACAUCAGUCAUGCCAGUUGUGGUGUUCAGAUUUCUGAAGAUGCAUUUAUACCCAAGCUUGAGUGAUCAGAUCCGCCGGUGGCAGAAGGCUCAGAGAAAGGAAAGGCCCCUGCGAAGCCGAAGGCCUCAGACCCGCAGGUCAAGCUCCAGAAGAUCCGGAUACGCGUUUGCUCACCAAGAGGGAUACGGAGAGCUCAUCACAUCUGGAAAAAAUAUGCGAGCUAAAAGUCCAGCCCCAACAUCAGGGCUGGAAAAGAUGCUUUAUAGUAACACAAGCUGGAUUGGAAAUUUAUGUAAGAAAACCACAGACGUGGUGAGCGGCUUUAGUCAUGAUAAGACAGUGAAACUGUGAGUCGAGAGGGAACUUGACCACAAGCCGUCUUUUCACCUCAUCUGGGGCUGAGCUUAGGCUGCUCGGGGGCCAAGAGCAGGGCAGAUCACAUUGCUUAACUUAAAUCCGUGGCCUCCAGCUGCCAACGCCUGUCAGAUAGUGAUGUUUUCUGCAGGAUUCCUUGCCAGAUGGGCACUGUCCAAUCUGUGAUUCUGUGGACCAAGGCCUCAUGGGACAAGUACAGAUUUUUAUUAACUUAAACACCAAUCCAUACAAACUUUGAAUCUUAUUUAUGGAAAAGAGACUUGUAAAUUAGCAUCUAUGUUAGAUGGUCCUUAGGUAUGUAAAAGGGUACGUUCCAAUGGUGUGUUUCAACCAAAAAACGCAUGUCGACAGAUAUGCCAUGUAUGUGAAGAGCUACUUUUCCAAAUGCAAUUACAGAAUUUAAAGCAUGCAGUGUGGUGCUCUCAGAUUGAGAGUCAGCCUUUCUCUAGACUUGAGCUCCCCUUUCCAGGACAACAACGCCUUCCAUGCCCGAACAAUGCAUUAAAACGUCUGUCUGUUAUACAAACAGGGGCAAAAUAAAGCAACUGAAUGUCCCUGGAGAGGGACUGCAAACACGGUCUGAUUUAUAGAGUGUUCAGACUGUUCCCCAUGGGGACACAAUCCCAGAGUGGCUCCUCUAACGUCCCUAAUGUUUCAAUGACUUGUGUGACAAUGUCAGUAGCAAUCUGCUGCACGCAGAACUGUCAGAGGGAUAGAACACUGCCCUUUAUUGACAGUGUUCCAUGCAGCCCGUGGGCAAAUGCUGCUGACAGAUUCCAUUUUAAAACUUGAGAAUUAAAAGGAAGCGAGUCAAUGGGCAGUCUCUACUGUUAAAUAGUCCACUCAGGAGUAGACCAUUGAGACUCAGUUCCUUUUAGCAACUAGCUGUCCUGUUUAUGACUCAAACAUACAUCUAAAUGCAUAGAUGCAUAGAUGAAGCUGAUUUUUACAACAGACAUUGCAGCCCAAUUUGGGGAUUGAUAGGCGAGUCACUAGCAUAUUUCCUUUAUAAGGUUCUGUGUUCAAAUCGCUGCUGACGCCCACUUACCUCUGUGAUGGGGAGGUGAUGUGCCUUUCCCGAGACUCAGUUUCCUCCUCUACAAAAUGAGGAUGCACUACCUACCUCACAUGGUUGAUGACCAUCAAGCACAAAUAUUCGAAUCAUUAGAAACAUAGUUCUCACAAGUGCUGUAGAAGUUAGGGUUUAGCUAGCUCAUCAUCAGAGCCGCAGAGCAACUGGAGAGACAUCAGGACCUGGGACACCCGUCGAGAGUGGGGCUGUCAAAGAAAUGAGGCUGCUAAGAAGGAUAGAAAGCGAAUAAAACUGUAGCCUGGGGAAUAGAUUUAUCCUCAAGGAGGUAAAGCAAACCAAAUCGAAAACGGCAAACAAACACUCAUGGUUUCCAAACAUCAGCCUUUAGCACUCUAGCCUUCUUUCUCUGGUUCCCAGUCAAUUGCUGAUCAACCAAAACUACUUUCCACAAAGAGCUUUUAAUCUUGUGCCAUCUUGAUAGAUGAUGUGCUGAGAUGGUGUUAAUAGGUCAGUGUCCCCUGCCCAGUUCCUUUUGAUUUCUAAGCCUAAUUUUUCCUAAUAUAUAAUCUGUAGGCAGUAGCCUAAUACCUGAAGCCUUUACCCAGAGCAAAUGCUUGUAGCUCUUCCUUUUUCUAUACAUAUCUACCUAGGAAAAAAAGGUGAGAUUUUCAUGUCUAAAAAUCAGCUUCAGUGUGCUUAUGUUUUAUAACAAUUUUGAAAACUUUGAAAAUUUCCAAUAAAUCUGUUGCCAUCA